AUGAAAAGAGAAGAUUAAAUACAUCUCUCAUAUUUAUAAAUUUGGAAUGCUAUAGACACUCCUGUUAUUGAGAGUACGAAUAUUUAUAGUGAAAAGUUCAAGUAAAGUUCAGAAUCUCAAUAUAAUUGCAACUAAUCAUUUUGUUUACAACAUCCAUAAAAAAAAGUAAUUGAAAAUUAUUAAAUUAAGGCUAAAUAUAUAUUACUUAGUUCUGAAGGUUCAAAUUAAUACCUUUGUACAAAAUGUGCUGUAGUAUUUGCAUAAUAAGGGCAUAAAAUAUAAAUAAUUGAAGAAGGUAUAUUGAUAUUUAUAAAUAUUCAAUAGACAAUGCUAAAAAGAAAUAAACUGAUUCUUUUAUAGACUAAUUACUCCAAACCAAAGUUGAAAUUGAAAAUAUUCAUUCAAAUUUCUUAUAUACUGAGGCAAAUAUAAAAAGUUUUUAUAAUAACUAAUAGACCCAUGUAAUUAAAACCUUUGGAAAUGUUGAAAAAUAACUUCUUUUGGUAAUUUUUAAUAAUAAUUUUAUAAAAGUGCAAAUCUGAAAUACUUUUUGCAUUGACACAAUCACUAUGGUCUGGGAUAUAAACUACAAACUAACUAAAAGUCUAAGCCAAAUAAAUUGAACAUCAACUCGGAACUUAUAUUAAUGAUAUUAAAAAUCAUUAUGAUAAAAUUGUAUAGAUGAGUACACUUCCAUUUAAUUAAAUAAUGGGUGGUUAUAGUAGCAAACUCUUUAAAUUAUAAUAAUAUCUAAAAGAACUUUAAGAAAAUAAAGUUACAUAUCUUCAUUAUGAUGGUAAAAUAAAUAAUUUAGAUUUAUUUUUGAAAUCAUUAAGCUUGUUGAAUGAAAAUGAUUAGUCUUAAAAUUAAAGAAAUCAUGAAAGUACAAGGUCAAGUUCAGAAUAAAAAACUUGCAAAAGUGUUGAAAAAGAAAAAAGAAAUUAAGCCAACCUAAUAGUAAAGAAGCCAAAUGUUAUGACAAUUCUGAAAAAAAAAAAAUAUAAAAUUUUAAAAUUACUGAGUAAUCAAUUGAAGAAUGGAUGGAAAAUUCUAAUUCAAAGUAAAGAAAAACUGAACCAGCUGAAAAAUUAGCAAGUCCUAAUAUUCUGUCUCUUAAAUUUGUUAAAAAAUAAAUUAAUCCUAAUAUAGUAUCUUUGAAAUAAGAAACAAAUUAAGCCAUGCUUAAUAAAUUAAUUUCUGAAUUCUCCUAAAUUAAAAAAGAUAGAGCUAAAAAAAUGUAAUCAAAAACACCUGAAUUAGGAAAAAGUGUCUAAUAGACAAUUUCGAAUAAAUUUUCCCCAAAAUUUCUUUAUAAAAAUUAUUACAAAUGA